UGCGCUGGGGGAGAGCGAAUAACAAUGGCGAAGCUUUUGUUUUUUGCUGUUGUCUUCUACGUCAGCUCGCGGCGCGUUAAAUGGAGACCGAGUUUUGAGUGGAGAGGAUGAUUUUGGAAUGGGGUGUUCGAUUGGCGUUUGAAAUCGGAAUUUUGUGCUGGGCAUAUUUUGACCGGAUGGUCUGGGGACAGACUAUCACGACGGAUCUCGAUGAAGGCGUUGAUGCACAUUUUAUUUUAGUCACCUUUUGCCAGCUCGAAGACAAAUUAAAAGUAAUGGAGUGCGUGGACAGGCAGACUCAAGGACAGGCACUGCUUCCUUGGAAAAUCUGCUUAAACCCCGACAGAGAACUUUCAAAGAAAGAAUUAGCUAAUUUAUGUUGUAAAUCACUUCAUCCUGGAUACCAAGAAGUGUUUGAAGUCCUGACUAGUUGCGUCGAUACAUUCAUGACUCCUAUAGAAGCUGCAACAUGGCUGCCUAUACUGGAAUCGUGUGCUGAAGGACAGACAUCAGAAAUGGUUAACACUGAAGAUUCUACCAUUACAAGAACGUCAACUACCACAGUUUUUCACAAAAUUUUCGCAAGUUAAAAAAACUGUACACUGCUUUCUGUAAUAAAUAUUUUUUUC